UGAGCAUGCUCAGUUGCACUGUUCAUGCUCAGUACGCCCUGGGUAUAGAUUUGUGAUAGGCAGUUGUUUCCGACGUUACACCGCCUCCUUCUGCGUGCCCUGGCCCCCUUCCUCUCUAGGCCCCCGGCCCCGACCGCCCUCCUUCCCCGUGCCCUCCACUUCCUGCGCGGAGCUCACUGGCGAGCCGGCCCCGGCCGUUGGUGACAGGGUAUAUAACAUGACACUGAUACUCUGGACAGUUUAUCAUAGGCACCUCAGUGAAGUAAUUUCCUUGAAGUAAUGCCCACAGAAAGUGGAAGUUGUGCAACUGCUCGGCAAGCAAAGCAGAAGCGCAAAUCACACAGUCUUUCUAUACGAAGAACCAACAGUUCUGAGCAAGAAAGGACGGGAUUGCAAAGAGACAUGUUGGAAGGGCAGGAUACUAAACUUCCUUCAUCUGUUCGAAAUACACUUUUGGAACUUUUUGGACAAAUAGAGCGAGAGUUUGAGAACCUUUAUAUUGAAAAUUUGGAAUUACGUCGUGAAAUUGAUACACUCAAUGAGCGCUUGGCAGUUGAAGGACAAACCAUUGAUGGAGCUGAACUGAGCAAAGGACAACUGAAAACAAAAGCCAGUCAUAGUACCAGUCAGCUUUCACAGAAAUUGAAGACCACUUACAAAGCAUCUACUAGCAAGAUUGUAUCCAGUUUCAAAACUACAACAUCAAGGGCAAUUUGUCAGCUGGUGAAGGAGUAUGUUGGCCACAGGGAUGGUAUUUGGGAUGUCAGUGUCACGAAAACUCAGCCAGUGGUAUUGGGGACGGCAUCUGCUGACCAUACUGCCUUGCUGUGGAGUAUAGAAACAGGCAAGAGCCUUGUCAAAUAUGUAGGGCAUGUUGGAUCAGUAAAUUCUAUAAAGUUCCAUCCAACGGAGCAAGUAGCUCUUACAGCAUCUGGAGACCAGACGGCUCACAUUUGGAGAUAUAUGGUACAGUUGCCCAUGCCUCAGCCAACAACAGACUGCAAUCAAAUGUCUGGAGAAGAUGAAAUUGAAUUUUCAGAUAAAGAUGAACCUGACGGAGAUGGAGAUGGUUCCAGUGACUGUCCCACUAUCCGAGCUCCCUUAAGCUCCCUGAAAAGCCAUCAAGGAGUAGUCAUAGCAGCCGACUGGCUCGUUGGAGGGAAGCAAGCUGUAACAGCUUCCUGGGAUAGGACAGCGAAUCUGUAUGAUGUGGAGACAUCUGAACUUGUCCAUUCACUGACAGGGCAUGACCAAGAGCUUACCCAUUGUUGUACACAUCCCACUCAACGUCUUGUGGUGACAUCAUCACGUGAUACAACCUUCCGUCUGUGGGAUUUCAGAGAUCCUUCUAUCCAUUCUGUGAAUGUCUUUCAGGGCCACACAGACACCGUGACAUCGGCUGUUUUCACAGUGGGUGACAAUGUUGUUUCGGGUAGUGAUGACCGUACUGUAAAAGUCUGGGACUUGAAAAAUAUGAGAUCUCCUAUUGCAACUAUCCGUACAGACUCUGCGGUAAACAGGAUUAAUGUAUGUGUUGGCCAAAGAAUCAUUGCCCUUCCACAUGACAACCGUCAGGUUAGAUUAUUCGACAUGUCAGGAGUGCGAUUAGCACGGCUUCCUCGCAGUAACAGACAGGGCCAUAGAAGAAUGGUAUGCUGUUCAGCUUGGAGUGAAGACCAUCCAAUAUGUAACCUCUUUACCUGUGGGUUCGAUCGUCAGGCUAUUGGCUGGAACAUCAACAUCCCUGCACUGUUGCAGGAAAAAUGAAAUGCUGGAAAAUUUUUUGCUUUUGUUGCCAUGGACUUGUAAAACUCUCUUUGCAGACUCUUCUGAAUAUUUGUCUGCCUUCGUUGUAAAAGUUCUCCCUUAAGAGGAGUGCUUUGCAGAUGUUAUUGUUACCACAUUGUGCACCAUUUGCAUGUAAUGUACAGAAAAUGUGACUUUUUAAAAAAUUAAGUUUGUCUUGUGUAUGAAUUUUUAUAUCUUAGCAUCCACUGGUCAGUAGAAAGGAGGUUCACUGAUAUAUAGAGCACAUAUGUGUUCAUAAGUUAUUCAGCAUUUGCUAGAUGAACAAUAAGGCAUUACACUUAUGACUUAAAUGUGAAAUUUAUAUACUAAUUGUGAAGAAUAUAUAGUAGUAUAUUGCAUUUUCCAUAAUUUUACAUAUCUGCCUUGUGUUAAAAGGAUUCUGCAGGUCUGAACUUCAAGAAGUGUGAAUUUCAGUAAUAGUAUCAUGGUAAACAUUUUCUUGUUUGCAUAUGUCUGAAGUAUGAUUUUUAAUGAUGCAGUGUAGUGUACCUUCAACUCCAAUUUUAUUCUAGUUACUGGAUAAAAAACAUGAAUUUGAGCGAGAAAAAACAAGCAACCUCUUGUGUGCAUAGAAUGCUGCAUUAAAACAUUCAGGAUGUUUUUGUACAUUUCUUGAAAAAGAACAAGGAAAUUUUCAUUCUGCUCUUUGUCCAUAAAGCUCGUUCCAAUCUGAUAGCACCUCACACUAGCAAAUAGCCAAAAUAUUAUGUUUCUAAUCACUGAAAUCUAUUCAAGCAAAUUUUAAAGCACUUUAGUUUAUGGCUAUUGUUAUAAAUCAUUUAUGAAAAUUUCAGCUGUUCCAAUGAAUGUGAGUUGAUUUAUACAGGAAUGAUUUGCCAUUUUUUGGUGACCUGUCUGGAAAGGAAACUUUGUUUUUAUAUCUUCAUAAACACAUUUUUAAAUGGGUUAAUUUCCCUAGUUUUUUAUUUUCAGUCAGCAAUAUGAAGAAAAUGAGUACUACCUCAGAAAAUGAAUUUUGGUCAGGAUAGGUUGAGUUUUUCUGAAGUCUCGAAAAAGUGCUUUUGGGUCUGUGUCUGAAAUGCUGUCUUCAAGAUGAGGAAAGACAAUCAUACCAAAUGUGAUUUUUAAAAUAAUUUACACUUAUGGCUAAUGGGAGAAUACCACAGAUAAACAUUGUCAUAUUUGUUCUUUCAGUUCUAACUAGGGCUGCUGCAGUCUUUUCUCCAUUCCAGAAGGAAUAAUUUUGUAGCUUUUCCCUCCGUACUCCCAAGUGAUCUUACGCUGACUUGACUCUUCACUGUGUUUAGCCUUGUUAUAAUGGUAAUGUGUUGAGUUAUUGCCAGCUGUUGGUCAAAUAAGCAAAUUCAUGUGGCAGGUGACAUUUUCAGAGGGAGUGGAGAGGCUGCUUCACACAGACCUUUUAGCUGCCCCUAACUGUCUGACAUAUCACAGCAUAAGAUGAAAGAUCAAAGUAAUCUGAUGGUGGCUUUUUAUAGAAUAGGCCGAGUUUAAAGCGGAUUGCCACAAGACAUUAAGUAUUAUGAUCUUUUAAUCACAUACUUAUGAUAAUAUGAAGCAAUAGCCGAGCUUGAGUCCUCUGCAAAAUUGUUUAGAUUGAAGUUGAAAGGCUGAUGUGUUAACUGGAUCUUUCAUUUGUUAAUAUCUGAAGGCAUGAUGAUGGAGUAGGAGGGAAGAAUAAAUGCAUCAUUAAGUAAAUAUGAAAAAAUUGGGGUUCUAGAAGUAAGCUGAAGCAUAAAACUGUAAAAGAAUAGUAAGGGGUGAGGUUGUUAAUAGGGAGGUUAUAAGAGAAUGUAUAUAGUGACUUCAUAGAGCAGAAAAUUUUUCAGUAGCUUGAUUUGUUUUUUCGGAGUUACUAUAUAUAUGUAAACUGGAAGACUUGUCACAACUGACCCACUCUCAUACUUAUCAGUAAAAGGUUCAGGUGAUCAGCUGCAGGCUUUAACUGCUGGUGUCAGAAGACAUAUUUAAAAGACACUGGCACAGUGUCUUCAGUAAUUUUUAUUUACUUUUUUUUUCUAAUAAUUUGGAAGAUGGAAUUUAAACUCAGAUUUUUUUACUUUCCUGGGAAUGCACACUGGCUUGGUGUUGGGCUGCAGACAUGCUUUUUUAAAAAAUGACUAAAACAUCUGUCAGAGGAAAGACGAUAAAUAUAAGCACAGAGACAGUCUGGAUGCUUAAAAAACAAUUGACACUUUUCCCAUGUUCACCUCUUCCUAAUGGAAUCAGAUGAGUUACAUGUUGGUCCAUGACCAGUAUCCUAAGCAAUGAUUAACCAUUUAGUUUGCAUGGAUUUGACAAGCUUAGGUUAAAGGGAAGAUUAAUAGUGAUGCUACUAUCCCAAACUAUUGUUAACAUAUACAUAUGUAACAUGGGACCAUUGGUAUCUAUGCCAUUUAAUUGCCAUUACUUCCUGAGGCUGCUGACCUUUAUAACACCAGAUACAUCAACCUCUAAUACAAGAAAUAAGUAUACACUAACUCAUUUUCUUUGGGGAUGGAAUUGGGGGAACCAGCCAAGGUGCUAGAUAUUGUACCGUCUUUUAACUUUUAAACUUGGAUGUAAUAGUGAGGCCAUAAAUUUCCCCUUCCAUUAAGACAAAGAUUGGUGGUGAACAAUGUUACACUGACAGAAUGUGUAAUAAUUUCAGUUUUGGCCAUGCAUGGAAACAGGAGUGCUCUAAAGAGAGCUAAUCAAUGCUGAUUUAAUUGUCAAGCUUUUCAUAAAAUGGAGGAAGGUUGCUGUUACAUAUUUUCAGUAUUGAUGCAGAACUUCACUUGGUUGCAUCACUGGGCAAAAACAAAUAUUUUAUGUGCAUGCUUUUUUUGGGGGGGGGUGUUUCCCCUAAAGCAGGGCACAUCGGUUUUCACAGACUCAAUUCUGUACAUGUUUUGGAGUCAAAAUAAUUUGGUGUGAAACAUCUUAUUUGUUGUGUAAGUCUGUGAAAGUCACUUUCUUUUGGAAAAGAUCCUGAAUUUAUAAAUGUUAUGUGAAAUUACUUGUUUUUAUUUACUUGUAUUCUUCUGAUUGUUUUUAGAUGUUUAGUGUUUCUUCAUUACAGUUUGAAAAUACAUUAAAUCAUUCAACAGUGUUUUGUAACUUACUGUUCAUAAACUCUGUCUUCGUUAUCUUAGUAUUGCCGAUACCUCAGUAUUUCAGUCUAUCAGAAAGUAAUUCCCUGUACCACCAUCAUUUUCAUCCCUGGUCUCUUUCUUCUCUUCUCAUUCUGUUUCCAAGGGAAUUAAGGGAAGAUUGCUGUUGGAAAAGGGCUAAAACUGCUCCUGAAAAUAUGAUUUCUAUGCUGUAAUUUGCUAUGCUGACAGUUCAAUGUGGAUUAAAAAGGGCUUCAGAUA